GUCUGCAUGCAGUAAGCCUACACUGUACUACCAGGAAAUCAGCGGAGUAUGAUUACGAGGAAUUCCGCACGCGGAAGCGGAAAAGACGUCGCUUUAAAUUAAAAAAAAAAUCCCAUUCUCCCUCAGAGCAUUUGUAGUUUUUCAACAGAACUUGAGUUGUGACAGCGUCGGUAAUCAUGCUGUACGCAUUGAUCGGUUGAUAAGUGUGUCAAGAAAAGGCAGAAAUGAAUGGGACCAUGGAGCAUCACGACAACGAUCGAGUGACCGACAUCAAUGAGUUCUGCGAAGUGGAAGCGCAGAAGGCAGCGGCGACUUUCGCCGUGGCUUACCACCAGUUCAUCACUGAGAAUCCACCGAUGGAUGGCGUGCCCGUGGACGAGAGCAGGUUUGCACGGCGAUUUGCCGAUCACUUCCUGGACCACUUCGAGACUGAGGUCCGCCGGGCCUAUAACACCGUCAGCCCGGCCGAGCUAAAGGAGGAUCGGCGGAACGCCAACGACGGCGACCCGACCGGCAGCAGCCCCGCCAGCCCCACGGACUCGGAGGGCAACGCCAACGUGAAUACCAGGCUCUUGUCGGACUCUGGACCGCCUGGAAGUAGGAACGGUACCACAGCUAUGUUCAACGGGGACCCUGUUGUCAACAGCCGCUACUCCAGCAACUCAAGCCUUGAUGGCAACCACAGCAGCAGAAACAUUAACUCUGUCCAUCAUGUUAAAAACGAGGUCAGCAGACUCCCCAGGAAAUUUUCUUUCCGAAACAUGACAGAGAAUGUUAUCAAUCGCUUUCGAAAGGCUCACCAUAGCUCCAACCAGGGCCGGGAUCGAGGGAUAAAGUAUAACCCAGAAGACGUUGUCAGAGAAGGAAUUGUGAAUUUUCUGACAGGGGAGGACUUACAAGGAAGACAGAAGUGGGAACGAAGUCGACUAGUUCUUGUCAAACGGCUUGAGGGGCACAUGCUGGAUUUUUAUACCCCGCCCAAGUCCAACAAGCCCAGGAACGGUAUCUUUUGCUUCCUAAUAGAAGAAGCCAGGGAAACAACUGCUCUGGAACUACCCGAAAAGGAUAACACAUUUGUCUUGAAGGGAGACAACAGCCUUGAAUUUGUCAUCGAAGCACAGAGCAUGCAAGACAUGCGCUCCUGGCUGACCAACAUUCAGGCCUGUAUGCAGUUGCCCAGUUUACCAAGGAGACCCUUACCCAGUGUGCCUCAUUCACCUGAACCACCAGCCACUUCUGGCUCCUUCAGUUUCUUGAGACCAAAACCCAAUCUCACAGUUCAAAUACCCCAACCUGAAUUGUCACCGGAUGGCCCCAACUCCCGAAGCCCCCUCACCCCAGAGCACUCCUUUGAGGGCUUCUCCAGCCAGGAUCCCAACCCACCCAUCUCCCCGCCGCCACGGAUCCCACCUCGGCGUCGCCAUGGCAACAGUCCGGAUCGGCUGCCCAGUGGGGGCUCAGAUGGGCCCGUGACCCCGGAAUUGCCCUCUAUGCAGAUGCAGGCCAGGCCACUGGACGGAUCAAAUCAGAACAUCAAUUUGGAACUAGAAGAAACAGCCACGGUGUCCGAUCACCCUCUGAAUGAGUACCCAUGGUUUCACGGCACCCUGUCCAGGGUGGACGCUGCCAAGCUGGUUCUGCAGGGAGGCAACACAAGGCACGGUGUGUUCCUGGUCAGACAGAGCGAGACACGGCGCGGGGAGUGCGUACUGACAUUCAACUUUCACGGCAGGCCCAAGCACCUCCGACUGACACUUGACCUCAGUGGGCGUUGUCAGGUCACCCACAUGUGGUUUGAGAGCAUCUUUGACAUGCUGGAUUACUUCCGCUCCAACCCCAUCCCACUGGACAGCCGGGACGGGGCCAGCCAGCCCGACGUCACCCUGACGGAGUUCGUGCCCAACGCGCAGUCGGUCAGCACCCCCAGCACCCCGCUCACACCCGCCACGCCUGAGGCAGGUGUCAACCGAGACAGUGGGGGCGGGGGCAGUGGCAGUGGGCUGGGUAACCCCAACUCCCUCCUGGUCUCCUCCAACGAGUUCCUGGGCUCGGGCAGCCAGUUCUCCCUGUCCAUGAACUCUGGUGGCCAGUCGCCUUCUCCCCUGGACGGCCAGGGUAGAGGCUCCUCCACCAGAGCCGUCAAAAACCAGUAUUCAUUCGUCUGACGUUUUGUGCACGGAAGUGUGAAGACUUGAAACUUUUUUUGAAUGUUGACAUGUGUACAACCACAGUGAAAUCCUACAAGGUAGAAGUGGUGGUGGGAGUGAUGUUGACAAUUUUGGAUUUGAGAUCUUGCUGCAAUGAAUUGGUUGCCACACCUGUACCAUAAUGUGCAUUUGACCAAACAUAGUCAGUGCCUGGCACGCUCACAUUGUAGUUUAGUUCAUUGCAAAUCCUUAAACACUAUUACUCUCGGUUUUUGUUUCUGAAGUCAAGGCUAAUUUCCUGUAAAAGGAUUGUAAAAAGAGACACGGCACAUCUGUGUCCUCUUAAAGUGUCAGUGACUUGUCCUUAGCUUGCAAAUUUACGAGCAAAUCAAGCUCUUCGUCAUACAUCCACACUAUUUCCUGUCCAAUAGACAUUCUUACAUGUUCAUGUAGAUGUGGUGAGUAUGCACAUGUCAACGAGCCCACUAGGGAUCAGCACUGCACACCGUACUUUAUGCACAUGUUGCCUACAUUUAUGAUUUCUUCUUUACCACAUGCUGUAUGUCUCUCCUGCUCUCCGAAUGGCCUAUAAUUUCUAUUUCAGAUGGUAACAUGAACCACACACAACUUCUUGUGUGGCAGGCAGUAAAUGUUUUUAUUUCACUCAAAUUUUUUUUAAAAACUUUCAACAAGGGAUGCACCAUUCCAACGUUGUGUUUGUAGUUUUUCAAAGUCGUUGUUUUAUUUGACACAGUGGAGGGAUUCAGCACUCAUUUGGGGAGAAUGUUGCUGUGAAAUAUUUAUAUUUUGGUAUUUGAUGAUAUGCAAGUGUUAUUUGCUCAGCAGGGUCUUGAAAGUGACUUGCCAAAAAUGUGCACAAAAACUUUGAAUCCUUGAUUCAAACUAAGAUCUUGUUGAAAGUCAAGAUUAUUUCCAACCAGUCCACAACAGAACCACCAAACAUCAGCAUUUAAUCUCUUGCAACAAAUUUUCUAUAAAUCUGUGACCCCUACAGUUAAUAUGCAGACAUUAGUGGACCAAUCAGGAGAAAGGGAAAUCAGGGAAUCUGUAUUUAUGUGGUGUGGGAGGGGGAGAGAGAGCCAGGUCUCAGCUCUGGGAGUGUACCUGUCCAUGCAGUUGAUUUUCAAGUAGGAGAAAAAUAGUAGACUAAAGUGCAAAUGGAUCUUCAAGUGCUCUCCUCCAGUUUUUUGCACCCCCCGAGUGAUGCAGGGCAUUGCUGCUAUAUCUCUGAUGAAGGAUGCAUGGAAGUGUCACUAUUUUUGAGAUUCUUGGCUAGGCUAAGAAGCACCCUACUACAUAUACAUGAAUUUGCCAUUGGAUGGAUACAAGUAUUUGCAGUAAAGUAGGUUGCUCAAGGACACAGUUGGUGUAGUUUCCACAUCAGGAUGAGUCUGCAGAUGCACUAGGCACAACAAUGUCGUUAUAUUCGGAAUGGCUUCAGGAAGUGUGGUAUUAUUCUAGCAUGUGGUCUGCCAUUGUGUUUAUAAAUUUUGUUUUUGUUUUUUUUUUACCAAAGGAGCAGAUAGAUUUCCUUAUAUAUUCACUGCUUCUUUUUCUGUGUUCUUUGGACGUGGAAGGGCAAACACAUUGUGGAUAAUUAUAGUUCAUCUCUAUCUGUAUGUAGCAUGACAUACAUGAGUAACUUACAGGUUUUUCAGGAGGGAAAUUACACACGGAAUGCAGUGCACGCCACAAACAAAGAAGACGUGCAAAUGUCCAUUAUGUAUUUUGUUCGCAUUCAGAAGAAAGCCUUCCUGAGGUUCAUGCGAGUUUUGCAGCUUUCUUGUGGGAAAACGUUAAUGGCUUAGAUUAGUGGCAAAAGGACUUUGUGUGAAACCCAAAAGUAGUUUUUUCGUGAUUUUUUUUUCAGGGAGAGGACUGAAAAGCUUGUAUAAUUUUGUUUACAUACUUAUCUUUGUUACAAUCAAUAAGACACAGCCCUGAAAUCCUCUGGGUUUUGAACAUUAUUGAUCGAAAGCAGUAAUUGGAUAACUCCUCGCUUCUAGCAUGCCAAGCUUGGCUUGUAUCUGAAAUUGAUUUCUGAAAAAAAGAUGCACUACAAUUGGUAUUUUCCAAGUCUCCAAGCACAAGAGCUUGUGUAAUGCAACCACAAAUUUGGGCCAGUUUUUGGAAACUUCCAAAAUGGUUUCUGCAAAAAUACGAAUAAAUUCUCUGAAACUACAUGUAUGGAAAUGUCGUAGCGGAUGGUCAAUAGUGGAAACCGGGUAAAAGGAAAAACAGAUCCAUUUGCGUUCAUGUGCAUUUUCAGAGAACAGUUUACUGUGAGGAAAUACUCGUGGGAAAGAGACAAAAACAGGAUGUGCCCACCUGUAGAAUUUCUAUAAUUAUGAACAUCACAGGAUGAGCAACUUUCCCUCUGACGACUACAGCCGUCUUCUGAGGAUUUAUCUCUGGGUCUGAGAGAUACUUCCCUUAGUCAGCCUUUAGAUGCUGAACCUCCAUUAAGACUUGGGUCCACCUGUUGCCAUUAAUUGUCCCCCGCCCUUUAGACUACAGGCACUUACCAAUAGAGUUCUGUACCUGUAUUUGGUCUGACUAUAAAACCUGAGUGCUCAGUGUGCUACCAAGGUACACAGGAUCACUGUGUUUCUUCUCUUUUUUUGACGAUAUUAGAAAUGAUAACUGUCAUGCAGAAAAUUAAAACUUGACUGAUUUGUAGUACAGUGGAUAGCUAACUCUUUGUAAUGGAGUGGAGAAAACAAUUCAUACUUGGUGCUCAGUUUCGUUUUACCAAGUCUGUGUGAUUAUUUUUGAUGAUGUCUCGGCUACAUUUAUUUGGCACCAGGAUCCGAUUUCACAGAGUGGAUGGGCAGUAAAUUUACAUCCGCCGAUGAUGAUGAUCUUUGCAGAUCCACAAGUGUCAUUUACUGCUGGCCUAGGGGCUGAACCUGACACACCAAAAAAUGCCCCCCGGUCGGUGUCAAGAUUUGUAAAAGACGUCACACCCAAGUCAUCUUUGAAUUGCCUUCAUAUCCUACCAUUACUAUGAAGUUCUAUUGUACGCUAAGCUGUGUGAAGGACUACUGUUGCAGAAAGUUUUGUGUGAAUGCUGUGUUUUUUCCCCUUCUUUUCACUUGGUAAGAUUCUUGAUCACUACACCUGAUUCUGUUCACCAUUUCAUCCCUAUAUCAAGUCGUAAGUAUCUCCAGCUGCUAGGCAUGAGCUAUGAUGUCCUUGAAGUUUGUCCUCUAAAGGAAACUCGGAAUGAAUGAGAUGACUUGCCCUUGUCAAAUGCUGUAAUCUACUUCAUGACAGACGAAACUAGAAAUAAAAUAUUUACUCCCCAAAAUAAGUUGUCAUUAACUCUGGUAUUUCUUUCAUAAGGGCUACCAAGGUGCUUUUGUUUACUUGAUUAGGACUACUCACGUGUUUGCAUCGAUGUUGUAUAUGUUAUGGCCACUUGCUCACAUGCAGUGAGGUAAUGUAUACCAACAGUACAGCAGUGACACAUUCAAAGACUGUACAGAGUAUAUACUUCAAGUAUGUAACAGCCAAGAAAUAUUUCAUCUUGCACCAAUAUGUUCACUUGUAUAUACUUUUGUGAUCACAGCUGUUUUUAGGAGUUUUGGUCUAACAGAACCCCUUUUUUUGUAAUUUUUACACGUACAUGUACAUAAGUAUAUAUUCUGUCUUGCCGUUUAAGCUUUAUUGUAAUACGAUUUGGCUCUGCAAGUUGUAUUUUUCUGAAUGCAAUCCUGUCUCAUGUCAAAAUCUGGCCUUGAAUUCUUUCUUAAUGUAGAAGGUUUUGAAAGAACUACUUUUUCAGUGAAAAUGUAUUAUGUAGAAGGACAAUUUGAAAUUUUUGCCUCAGUGUGGGGCAUCAACUUGAAAUAAACCCCCUCUUGACACUCAUUUUCAGAGACUUUAAGCCCCGACGGUAACCUUCUGUCAUGGGAACGAUUGGUCCCCAGAGUCACAGAUAGUUUAACAAAUCUAAAAUUGAAAUUGAAAACUUUGUAUUCAUGUAUUUAAAAGACUGUACAUACUAUGAUGAACAAAAACAGGGUUCUUCUUCUGAGAAUACGGGCGAUUCACAAUAGUGCGCCUCCAAGAGUUUGCAAUGCAUUGGCCAACCACAGCGCUUGAAAUCUGU